AUGUCGGAGGGGACGACGGACAUUCCCAGCGAGCUGUCCGAGAGUGUGCGGGAGGCGGUGGGUCGGAGGGUGAAGCUGACCCUGAGGCGCAAGGUCCAGCUGGAGGUCAAAGGUGACAAGGUGGAGAACAGAGUGCUGGCCUUGGCGUCGCAUCGAGCCUAUCUGCUGACAGCUCGGGUCCCUUCCAAGGUUGAACAGUCCUUCAGCUACCUGGAUAUCCAGGGAAUCAGCAGCAAUAAGCCCACUCAGUUGGUGUUGGAGCACGAGCGCGGUCCAUGGAGCCUCCGGCUGGGCUCGGCGGAGGAAGCGGACGAGGUGAUCGCUCACAUCGGCAGCUGCCUGCACCGGAUCUGCCCCGCGGGCUCACCUGUAAAGGUGAUGAGGAAGUUGACUCUGAAGCCUCCAGAGAGGACGGCAGCCCUUCAGGCCAUCUGGGACGAGCAGGGCUCGGCUGACCUGGGACCCUGCGGGGGUUUCUCUCAUCAGUACUGGUGUGUAUGUGAUUACCUGGGUCUACCCUACAGAGAGGAGGUCCAAUGGGAUGUGGACACCAUCUAUCUCACUCAGGACACCAGGGAGCUCAACCUGCAGGACUUUAUUCACCUGGAGAACAGGGACUUGGUGGCGAUCAUCGCAGCUCUGGAGUACAACCAGUGGUUCACCAAACUCUCCGCCAAAGACUACAAACUGUCGACAGACGUGUGCGACCAGAUCCUCAGAGUGGUGGCUCGCUCCGGCCGGCUGGAGGAGCUGGUGCUGGACAACGCUGGGCUCAAAAGUGAUUUUGCUCAGAAACUGGCCAGCGCUCUGUCCCAAAACCCCGCCUCCACGCUGCAAACGCUCAACCUGAGCAACAACUCACUGGAGGACAAAGGUGCUGCUGCUCUGAGCGCUCAACUCGCCAAACUGCCCAUGGGCCUGAAGAACCUGAACCUCUGCAGGACUUCCAUGUCUCCUAAAGGUGUGAACAGCCUCUGUCAGGCUCUCUGUGCCAACCCGGUUGUCGCCUCCACCCUCACGCAACUCGACCUGUCGGGAAACUCGCUCAGAGGCGAUGACCUACCGAACCUGCACAGCUUCCUGAGUCACUCAAACUGUCUGGAGACUCUCGAUCUGUCCAACAGUGACUGCUCUCUGGAGCAGGUGUGCGCGUCUCUGCUCAGAGGAUCUUUGAAGCAUCUUUCUGUCCUCAACAUGUCAAAGGCCGUCUUCUCUCACAGGAAGUGUAAAGAAAUCCCUUCGUCCUUCAAGCAGUUCUUCAGCUGUGCUCAGGCUCUGAGCUCAGUCAGUCUGUCGGGAACCAAGCUGCCUCUGGAGGCUCUGAAGGCAUUGUUGUUGGGGCUCGGCUGCAACCCAAACCUCAGUGACGUGUCGCUGGAUCUCAGCUGCUGUGAGCUGCGUUCAGGAGGCUCCCAGAUCCUGGAGGGUUGCAUCGCUGAGAUCCCCAACAUUUCCAGUUUGGACAUUUCUGACAAUGGUCUGGACAUGGAUCUGACCACUCUGCUGGUCUGGCUGGCCAAGAACCGUUCCAUCAGACACCUUUCACUGGGCAAAAACUUCAGCAACAUCAAGUCCAAAAAUGUGGCUCUGGUCCUGGACAACCUGGUUCACAUGAUUCAAGAGGAGGAAUCACCGCUGACCUCGCUGUCCUUGGCUGAUUCCAGGCUGAAGGCCGACCUCUCCAUCGUCCUCAACGCUCUGGGCAGCAACAGCUCUCUGACCAAGCUAGACAUCAGUGGAAACGCCAUGGGGGACAUGGGGGCCAAGAUGCUGGCCAAAGCCCUGCAGAUCAACACCAAACUCAGGACAGUAGUGUGGGACAGGAACAACAUCAGCCCUCAGGGUCUACAGGACGUAGCCGCUGCUCUGGAGAAGAACUACACCAUCCGUUUCAUGCCUGUUCCCAUCAUGGACGCUGCUCAGGCGCUGAAGGCGAACCCAGAGAAGACAGAGGACGCCUUACUAAAGAUGGAGCAGUACCUGCUGAGGAACCAUGAGACACGGAAAUACCUGCAGGAGCAGGCGUACAGGCUGCAGCAAGGAAUAGUCACCACCACCACACAACAGAUGGUGGAUAUGAUGUGCGUGAAGGUGCAGGAUCACCUGAACUCUCUGCGGUUCACAGAGACCAACUCGGUUCAGGAGGACAUGAAGGUGGCAGAGAACCUCAUGAAGGACGCCAGGAACUCCAAGACACUGCUCCCCAACCUGUACCACCUGAGGAGUGGGGGGGCCAGGGGUGCGUGCGUCGGCGCUAUUCAGGACAAACUGGAGUCGAUGGCCGGAGAGGUGGCCAGGGUGAUGGACGAACAGCUGCAGGCGAUGCUGGUGUCCAUGGUGGACGCUGCUGAGGGUCUGUGUCCUCAUGUGAUGAGGAGGAGCAGCCUUCGUCAGGAGCUGCUGAAGGCCGGAGCGGGAAGGAUGACCAUUCCCUGCAGCUUCGUCACCACCACGCUACUGGAGCAGUCCGGGGUCGACAUCAUCAACAAGAUCAGCGAAGUGAAGCUCAGCAUGGCAUCACUUCUGUCAGAUCGCAUUGUGGAUGAGAUCCUGGAGUCUCUGUCCAGAUCACAGCACACUCUGGCCGACCAUCUGAUCAGGAAGACUCAGCCUCUGCUGCAUCAGGAGCCUCAGACGGAGACUGAGGUCCUGGAUGAGAUGGUUCUGGAACCAGAGAGCCAAGACCGGGAGCAGAAACAAAGCCACGACCGGGAUCGGAAACAUGGGCUGGAGGAUAUGGACACCUGCAUGAUGACUCCUAAAUCCAAGAGGAAGAGUAUUCUGGUCAGGAUGCUGCGCCCUGUCUCUGUUGCAUUUGAGAUGGAGUUUGACCUGGACAAAGCUCUGGAGGAGGUGCCUAUCCAUGUUGAGGACCCCCCUAUUCCUCCUUCACAGCCAUUGGACAGAAUGUCGACCCACUAUGGAGACCUCUCCGCUCCCCAGACUUCACCAGACACAAAGUCUGCCUGCCUGGGCGAGCUGCCGCCGGUGGUGCACAAGACGCUGGAGCAUCGCACCAAACUACGACCAAAACCCAAGAAGAGGACAAAGCCCAGCCGACCACCUCGGGGGGCCACUGGCAGCUCGGCGCCACAAGAGGCAGAGCAGAACAGCAUCAUGGGAAAGCUGGACGAGGGUCUGGAUGACUUCUUCACCAAGAAAGUCAUUAAACUCAGCCUCAAACUUUCUUCUGUCAGAGGUCCAUCCUCAAGCAUGCCGGAAUCAGCAGAUAAGAAACGUGAGUCCAGAAAGAGCGGUUUCUUUAACCUCAUCAAAUCCCGGACGUCCCGCUCAGAGAAGAGCCACGGAGCCGCCUCCGCCACUCCACCCAACCCUGCCUCCUCCAGCACUGCUACACCCUCCUCUUCUAUUAGCCCAGUGACUGAGGACGUGCCGCCCACAUCCCCCACACCGCCCGUGAAAAAUGCUGCGGCCGUGGUUGAGCCACAUCGGGAGCCCCACGGGCCUCAGUCCUCAAACCACACGGAUUCUGAGAUGGAGGCCUGUCCCCCAGCUGCUGAGGAGGAGAAGGAGGAGGAAAAUGUGGAGAAGAUGGAGAGCGGGGAGAAGAGAGAGAGCCCAGAGAGGAAGGAAAACCCGGAGAAGAAGGAGAAAGUGGAGAGGAAGGACCACCCCCACAUACCCCGCCAUAUUGGUGUUCCUGUGAUGGGAAUGGACUUGCUGGCUGAGAUGAAGGCCAGGCAGGAGAGAAUGGCUGUAAAGAAGUCUGAGUCGUCGUCCUUGCUGGACAAGUCAGAUGGGGACAAAGCCAAGUCAGACAUCCACCUCGUUGUCCCAGCAGAGACUGACGAGUCCAGACCAGAGCCGACUCCCAGGUCCAAACCACCGAGCAUCACCCCCAAACCGCCUCCAUCCCAGGCCACCAAACUCCCACUGGGGACCCACGGCUCUGGUCCCACCAGUCCAACCAGUCCCAGGCCAAGCAGCUCCUAUAUUCAGGAUGACUCUGCCGAGGCUCCAGCUGGCAGCUCUUCUGCUAAAGGACCACUUCCCGCUCCUCGCCUGAAGAGAGCGCCAUCGCAGCAGGAGCAGGAGAGCACCUGCAGCAGCCCUGCCGGACCCCCGUCUCCACUGGACGUUGAGUUGUCCGGAGACGGUGGCGAUGCGUUUGACCCACCCGGAGCGGGUUCCGAGCCUGGUGCCGGCGACAGACAGUGGUCGUCUCUGAAGAGUUCGGCCAGUCCUCCUACUGCCAAGGAGGACGACCGGGAGCGCACCAAGUCCCUCCCUGCUUACGUGAGGCCUCCAUCUCUGGCAGACACAGAUCUCAGUCCGGCCGAGGAGGAGAUUCAAACUCCGGCUGCGGAUCUCGAGACUGACAACAAAUCAGAGGAGUCCGGUGAAGACGCUCCUUCGGUCUAAUGCCGGCAACAUGUUUAUGGUCUUUUAAAUCCUGCUCAAAUGUCCUUUCUACACCAGAGAAACUUUAAGGAGGACAAAUCACAUACGUUCAGUCAAAAGCACACACAGUGGAGGAUAAUUUGGUUUUGGAUUUUUUUUUUUUUUUUAUAAUUUCCGAUGAGGCACAUGUAAGCAGAGGGGACGCUGUAAAACUUUUUGCACGUCAUGCUGUUGCCAGAGAAGUUUCCCAAACCAUGGAUCAGUCCAGCUGUCUGGCCAAAUGGACGCCAAAACAACUCCAUUACCGUCUCCAUCGACAGCUCUAAUAGGACCAUAAAGAGCCGACCAGAUGGUGCAGAGACAAUCUGGGGUCGCUUUGAUAACCAGGUCCAGCUAUAACAAGCUCAGUUAGUCCAAAGCACUGAGGAGAAUGUUUACCUACAUUCUGCAGGUAAACUGUGGCUGGUAAGUCAGUGAGCUCUGUCAGCAGGUCAUCUGGAGAUGCGACUCUCAAGGUAAAGAAGUCCCAGAUUCGUUUUUUUUUUCAUCCUGCAAACAUCCACUCCCCAACUUGGCGCGGCCGACUCUUCACAAAUUAGAAAAUGCCAAAAUUAGGAGCAGCUGGUAGCACAAAUGUCCUGCAACUCUCCAGAAGAGGAACAACAAAAUAAUGUCAAAACCCCAAAGAGAGUUCAAGCUCUUGGUUCCAAUCUUUGAUGUUUGAUAUCUCAAAAGGUCAACGUGACCCUGCCCAGUUGACUGAUUCAGACUGAAACAGAUGAGGCAGGUUAUUCAAAACAUUUGUUCCUCGUGCUCAUGACUGGAAAAUAUUUCAGGUCACCCGAGUUACUCUGGAUGAUGAUAGAAACCCGACCGACAAACUAAAGACAUUUCACACACUGCAAGAAAAAGAGAGCUUCAAGAGCUGAACUGAUAAAAAUCGGAAAUGAUUCUGUCCAUGUGCUGAGAUCGUUCCUCUUUGUGAAGAAGAAGUGUCUGUCUCUUGAAAUAAAACAGGGUAAGAUUGGGACUGUUGAAGUGGAGUCAAGAAAAAUCAUCUGACUCCCAUCAGCAGAGAGUUUUUGCUGAUUUUAAGAAAAUGAGUUGUAAUAUGAAUAUGGCUCUGUAAGAUGGCACAGUUUGAGCUGCAGGAAGAAAAAAACAAAAAAACUUUAUUGGUUGAGUAAAUGAGUAAAUGUAUUCAUGUCAGAGUUCCCGGGUUGUAAAUCCAAUUAUUAACAGUCCAAUUAUGACUGAAAAACUCACAUAUAUGCAAACUGGUGCUCUGUAGUACCUCGAAAGACGCCUCGCGUCAGCCAAAGUUUUACUGUUCGGCCCAAAUUUAAAGGACAUGGCACGAUACUGUCAACGCACUGUGUUUUUAAACCUGGCAAGUCCGAGCGAGCAAUCGUUCAACCGUCCGGCGUCGACCAGUGGCCCGAAUGCGUGCAAGUCACAAAAAUGGGAACGUCUUCCGUCGCCACUGUUCGUCCUGCGUGAUGCAAACAUGGCGGAAACCUCAGUGGGGGGGAGACGGAGAGGAGCUGACACUUUUUUCCUCCGUCGCUCCACCCACUGAGGUUUCACUUAACCGAUGAGAUUAUUUCCCUCAAAAGCCAAAACUUCCGUUUGAAAUUUUCUUUGGUCACAGAAGACAUGUCCUUUGUGAAAAGGUCAGUAGCUAUAACAUAAAAUGUAAAGAUUCAUAUAUAAUUCAUAUAUUCUGCUGUCAACACUGCUGCUGUAUCCUAACAUCUCAUGCCUUACUACACACUGAUUUCUGUUAAUCAAGUACUGCUGCACUUACCAAUGUAUUAUGUAUCAAUGUAAAUAUGAACUUACGUUUGUUUAAGGUUCUGUUUAUAGAGUAAAUGGGGUUUUUAAUCAGAGCUGAAGGCAGAAACUCGUGGGUUUAUGAUGUAUUAUGAACAGAAAAUCGGAUUUAUUAUCAAUGAAACGUGCUGUUGAAUCUGCCUGGAUCUUCAUUUCAGAUACAUGGUGAUGGUUUUUCAUUUUAUUGGAAAAUUAUUUUUGUUAUUUUAGGGGGGAAAAAAAGUGCCUUUUUUAAAAAUUCAGUUAGAUGAUGUGUUUUAUUGUUUCUAUGUCUUUGGAUCCACAAGCCUUGAAAUGUGACAUCAAGCUGUCAGGUAUUUCCGUGCUUCUAUGUUCAUACCAAUAA